CUUUAUUCCAAGUUGUGAAAACUUUUGAAAAUUCCUUAUCAUGUUUGGUCUCAUAAUCUCAAUAGAAUCAAUUGUUUUUGUACAGACUAUGGAUAUAUUAUACUAGUUGAAGGGUGUUGAGUAACUGUGAGUCUGUGAACAUAAUCAUAAUGGACACAGGGGAUUUAACUAUUCAAGUUCUCAACCUUUCUCCAAGGGUGACCCUUAAAGACUUGAUUACCUUCUUCUCUUAUUGUGGAACUGUUCACAAUGUCCAGCUCUUGAGAGAUAAAGAGCAAUCGCCCUAUGCUUUAGUGACUUUUGGGCAGCCUUAUGCUUUCCAAACUGCUCUUCUCCUUGAUGAUGCUGUGUUUGGAGGGAAACCCAUUUGCGUAUUACCUGCAUGUGUUAUAAAGAUUCCUAUUGAAUCAGAUGACGACACUGAUGAGUCUCAGAGCAAAAGCCAAGGACAAAACAUGUCAAUGUUGAAGAAAAGCAGGGAUGAGUUGGAGGAGAGCUUGAAGCUUUCGUCCGAGAAAGGAAGAAGAGUGGUAAUUGAACAAGCAAGAUCAGCCAUUUAUGCAGUUGAGCAAGCAGCAGGUCGAAUGGGAAGUGCCAUCAUGAACAACAACUUCAUGUCAAAUAUACUUGACAAAGCCUCGAGAUCUGCCUCAGACUUCGGAACUAAGAAGAUCCAAUAAAUUUGAGCUUAUUCUUAAUGUUAUCAAAAUGUAAUAAGCUACCGCAAAUUUGUAAGAGAAUCACAUUUACAAAAGCAAAGUUAUUACCAAA